AUGUCUCGCACCAGGACGGAAGGGGGAGAUGACAAUGGCAAGGGUUUCGGCCAAUUUGCCGUCACCAUGGAGGCCAAGCAAAAAUGUCUGCCUUUUGUGCAAGCGGGCAUUCCCAGCCAGCUUUUGGGCAUGUUCGUGCUCGGCAAUCGGCUUGCCCCUGGUGGUCAGAGCUAUGACCACCUGAGGGAGCUGGCGGGCGGGUCCAGGGCGGCUCCGUAG